AUGAUCUCGACUCUGCCUCCCCCUCGCCCCGUCUCCGUUAAUUCACUGGCCAAAGCGUCGGCCUCGACCACUCUUCCGUAUGCCAAACCAAAUCGCUGCACCAGCGCGGAGAUCCAAUUUCCCGAGGGGCCCGUACCCUCCGCGGCGGUGGGGCUCGUCGUUUGUCACCAGAGCCCGGUGGAUACCGAGAUGGAGGAUACCGAUAGCAAACCCCCGAUAAGCGUGGAGACGCCAGCCCAGCCCAGCCAUUCCGCUGUUCGGUUCGAAGACCUGCCCAUCGAGAUCCACGAGGCGAUUCUGGAUUACUUGUUCGGCGAACGAGCAUCCGCCUUCACAUCAUACACUUGGGGCAAGUCUGCGCGUAGUUGGAAUCGGUCUUUGCGCCAUCCACGUCGAAAAGCGCUGUCGAACCUGUCGCUGAUAACCCGAGUGUGGAGAGAACUGGUGCAGGAUCGCAUCUACCGACAUAUCAAAAUCAAGGGCACCGCAGAGGAGUUAGCGAUAAGCGCACGCUGGUUUCGUGCGCACCCCCAUCUCGCCCCGUUUGUUCGCCAUGUUGAAAUAUGGAUUCCGGUGUGGGGUAAACGCGCGACCAAGCAAUUCACGCAGCAACUCCCGACGCGGCGCUUCAACAACAACGAAGAUGUUGGAUUCGCCGACCCGGCUGCCUUGCAAAACGCGAUGGCUUGGGACGAUUCGGAUACCAAUCACGGCAGCGACUACCGUUACCACUACGCCAGCCACAAUGCCACGUUGGAAGAGAUGUUCGCCCACGUGCAGGCCUGUUUCCCGCAGGCGCGUAUCUUGACGCUGGAAGGGGGACAUUGCAAGCGGCCGCCGAUGGUACGCCAUUUCCGGGACGAUCCGUGUGGGCACUCGGGGCUCCGACGGCUGCCAAUGCUGCCGGACAUCCAGACGUUCGUCAUGCGGGGCGCGUGGAACAUCAUGCGUGACUACCAACAUUGGGCCAACAUGUCGCAGGCAUUGCCCAGUGUACGCGAGUGGCACUGUGCCUACGCCAAGCCCAAGAUCGAAGGGUACGAGACCAUCGCGGAGGUGCUCUCGCGGCUCUCGCCGUCUCUGGUGCACGUCAACAUCAGCUUGGAGGGGUUCUACAACAAAGACACUUCGCAGACUGGGUGGACGCCCGACGGGAUCAGCCCGCCGCAUCUGUGUCGGCUGCUGGGCGAAGCGGCGCCGCGGCUCGAGUCUCUUGCGUUCACCGGCAAGGUGUGCGCCAGCCUCUUCCAGGCGACGCGCAGCUUCAUGACCACGUGGGCCGGCAAGUCCAGACUCAAAUCGCUGGACCUGGUUGUCAAGACGUGCUGCCGCGAAAAGAAGAACGUGCACCCGGGGCUGGCGUUCCUGGACGAUUUUUCGGGGAUCACGAAUCUCAACUUCAUCCGGUCGUUCGAGAAACUCGUGCUGGGCGCGGUGCACAGCCUGCAGAUCCACAGCCGGCUCGACUACAUGCGCAUCCGCUUCAUCGACCUGGAUUCGGCCUGUCCGCCGCUCAACCCGUACUUCCAGCUGGUGGACGGGGAGUGUACGGGUCUGUGGAGCGAGCGGAUCCUGGAGACGCUGCACGAGGCGCGGCCCGAGGCACACUACGUGGAGCUGUCGGAUGGGAUCUAUCCGCAGUACGGACACAACCGGCAGAUCGUGGGGGCUGUGUAUCCGCGCACUCGCCCGUUGAGUAUCCAUGCGUCGACGUACAAGGUGAUAGCUGAUGUAUCCAAGUCGUAA